AUGGGUAUGAGCGACUGUUUAGCGCUGCAGCUGAAGGGCGGCAGCAAAUACUUUGAAGCGUUUGAUUUAGUAAUGCUGGGUUGUGUUGCAGUGAGGCUGCAGCGUUCAGGUGUACGUACACCUGAGCUGUGGCAGAGAUUGCUGCGUCGAGCAGCAGCAGCAGCAGCACAAGCAGCAGCACAAGGUCCUGAGGUUAGCCUUGUUGCUGCUUUUGCUGCAUUUGCUGCUGCUGAUGUGCGUAUACUUUCAGCUGUACAGACGCUUCAGGGUGCACUUAUACACAGCAUCGGGAAGCUGCUGCCUUUAGAUGUUGCUGCUGUACUUACAGCAGCUCAAAACCCUUUCUACUUUUCACACAAGUUGCAGGACGCCGCUUUAACUCAGCUGGAGUUGCUGCUGCAGCACUACUGCUGCUGGGACGCCGCAGAGUUUGUUGCUGCACUUUCUGCUUUAGCUGCGCUGGGAGCAAACGAACCGCAAAUCAUCAAAGCCUUAGGCAAGAUAUCUGCUGCUGCUGCUGCUGCUGCUGUUGCUGCUGCUGCUGCUGUGGCUGCUGCUGCUGGGGAGGGUUUGCUGCUAGCUGGUGGUGCUGGUUUGUCUCCUUCUUCGUUGAUAGACGCAAUCGAAGCUCUUUGUCUUGUUUACCCUGUCCUCAGCAACUGUGUGCACUUCCAGCAGCCACGCAGCAGCAGCAGCAGCAGCAGCAGCAGCAGCAGCAGCAGCAGCAGCAGCAGCAAAGGGAAGCUUGAACUCAGUGCACAUGUGAGGACCCCCCUACCGAAUGCUUAUCCUUCUUCUCCUCCGCAGCAAACACCUUAUAACACCCCUAUUUCAUAUAAACCCAGCAAGCAGCAGCUGCUGCAGCAGCAGCAGCAGCAGCAACAGCAGCAGCAGGAACAGGAGAAGCAGGAAUUUCUGAAGAGAGUGAAGGAGAUGCAGAUGGGUAACGGUGAUCAAGCUGCUGCUGAAGCUUCUUUAUCAGCAGCAGGAGCUGCAGCAGCACCUCCUGACCCUGCUGCUGCUGCUGCUGCUGAUGGUGCUGCUGCUGCUGCUGAUGGUUGCCCUGUAUUUGUAUCGUGGAUUCCUACGCUGCUCAGCUGGCUGCUGCAGCAAGCGCCGCCAGGGAGGCUUUCUGCUGCUGAUGCUGCUGCUGCUCUACCUAUACUUGCUGCUGCUUCGAGGCUUCCACAUACAGCAGGCCCAGCAGCAGCAACAGCAGAUCCAGCAGCAGCAGCAGCUGCAGCAGCUGCUGCUGCUGAAGCAGCAGCAAAGAGACGCGAGGCCAUUGCUGCUGCUGUCUCUCAAACCCUUCGUAUGCCGCUGCAGCUGCACAAAAGCAGUUAUCCCUUGUAG